UCACUCGCGGUUAUUAGUUGGCCGCGCGCGCUGCGGUAAACAUGUGUCCUUUCUGACGCUCCGAUACUCGCGACACGUUCGAUUUCAUUUCCGAGUCGAGUAUGGCUCCGCGUAGGCAUGGCGCGACCGGGGAACGGGACUCCGAAGACACUCAAGGGUGCUGCGUUCCCGGCGAGUGCCUUCGCCCCCGGGAACCCGUCCGUAUCGAGGACGCUAUUCGCAUGCUUUGCAAUAACGACACGUGCACUGCCGGCCGGUAUAUGCACAGAGAGUGCUUUGAACAAUGGGAAGCGGGAGUCUUGGCUUAUCUGAAGUCCUGUGGCCGAGCUAGGUCGUGGUCUGAGAGGCAGCGCUAUCAGAAUCUAUGGACGAAGAAAGGUUACGAUUUGGCGUUCAAAGCGUGCGGAUGCCGUUGCGGGCGAGGGCAUCUGAAGAAGGAUGUUGAUUGGUCUCCUCCUGGGACAGCGAUAAGAGUUGACGAUGAAAAGAAGAAGCGUAGGCGGCCAAAAUCCGGUCGUACACCGUCUGCAAUAGACGCGCGCUCGCGGGCGUUCAGUUAUUCGAGCUCGGGCUCCUGUUCCCCACCUUCAGCAUCAUCAGAACCAUCGACGAGCCCAAUACAUGCUCUGCCAAACCCCUUGACGCCUAAAAGAAAUUCUAAAUUUGAAACUUUCGUAUCUGACAGAAUUCGAGCUGGCGCUGGCGCCAAUGGCAUCUUUUCAAGAAGACUGGACUUUUCUACUUUCAAUCUAUUGCCGAAGUACAAAGUGAACUCCUAUCAGAUUAAGAUCGAAGAUGAGGGUAACCAUGGCAACGAUGACACAAGGCUGUUCAUCUUGUCGACACUGGCCGGGCAACACAAGCCGCGAGUGUCAUGUGCUAUAUGCGAGGAGACCCUGCACGUCUUCGACCGGUAUCCUCUGGUGGAUGGCACCUUCUUUCUCAGUCCACGUCAACACACAAGCAGUGCUGUUGAGGUUGUGGUUGAUAGCAGAACACAAUUCCUGACUUGUGUCUGCAUGGGUUGCCUGGAGCGCAGCGAGCCGGAGCGCACCAUACGUUGUCGGUUCUGCGGUCAGAAGUGGGAUGGCUCAUCCUUGGUCCUGGGCACCAUGUAUUCUUAUGACAUCUUUAUGGCAACGCCCUGCUGUUCUGAUCGAUUGAAGUGCAACAGCUGUUACAAGACCCUGCUACAUCCCCACCAGCGUCUGAACUACUCCGACUACUCGCACCCGGUGACGUGCCCUCACUGCCGCGUCCACGACACGCACUUCGUCAAGCCGCUCACUUACUGCUUCACCAAGCGGGUGUACCCGCUGUUCCAGCAGUGGCCAUAACAGUCGGCGGUGCCGGGCCGCUCCCCCGGCACCUCCCCGGACUCUUGGGGACUCGCGCCCUCGCCUCCGCGCCGCGCCUCCCCUCCGGCUCUCCGCCCCGUCGUCAACACAAGCAUGGCAUCCCGGACAGCACCUG